AUGGAUGAUUGUGAUACAAAGGCUCGCUUACCCGUGCACGUGAUUAUCAGCGUGAAUGACUUUGCCAAGAUACGGACAAGUGAUCCUUUACGGGUCGGACGUAGAGGAGAUCCAGUAGCAGAGCGUACACGUUUCGGGUGGACUAUAAUGUCUUCCGGAACAGAUCUAGGCAACGUGCACCUUGCCGUGAAUUCUACGGUGGAUCACAACCGACUCUGCACCCUAGAUGUCUUAGGACUAGAGGAUAAACUAUCUAAUCACCAGAGCGACGUCCAAGAAGAAUUUAAGGAGCAACUGGUUAGGAGUCCAGACGGCCGAUACGAAACUGGACUACCCUGGAAAGGGAACUGUCCUGAGUUGCCCAAUAAUUGUGCGGGCAGUGUGUGCAGAGUGAACACUCUUCUAUGGAAAUUAAAGAGAACUGAUAUGCUAGACCAGUGCGACGACAUUAUUCGGGAACAGUUAGAGGAAGGUGUGGUUGAGAAGGCACCAGCGAAGGUAACAGGCAAGGAAUUCUACAUGCCCCACCAAGCAGUAAUACGCGAGAAUGCCAAAUCAACCAAGCUACGAGUGGUAUAUGACGCCUCGGCCCGUGCGUAUGACGGUGCGCCUUCUUUGAAUGAGUGUUUACACACUGGCCCCCCACUACAGAAUGAGCUAUGGAAUCUUAUUGUCCGCAACAGAUUCCAUCCUAUUGCUGUUGGCGGAGAUAUGCGCAAGGCCUUCCUACAGAUACAACUAGAAAGCGACUGCACCGAUGAUGAGCCUCCAUUUGCAAAACAACAGCUUGGUGCAUCAUCAGCUCGUGGGGAGUGCAACCUACUGGGACUCAAUUGGGACAAAGGGGAUGACACUUUACAUGUUUCACUCCCAUCUCAGCCUGCUACAUUGACCAAGCGGGGCAUCCUCGCCAACUUAGCGAAAAUUUAUGACCCGUUAGGACUUGUGUCGCCUGCAAUUCUUGUUCAGUACCAGGAACCAAUCGACAAUAUUAAACUUCAUGCAUUUGGUGAUGCAAGUAUUCACAGUGUGUGUGCUGCUGUUUAUGCUGUGGUUACACAGGCGUCAGGCGUGACACAGGGUCUGAUCGUCGCCAAAUCCCACCUUCCUAAGAAAAGUCUGACGAUUCCUCGUUUGGAGCUCGUGUCAGGCCAUAUGGCAGUCAACUUGUCUACAAAUGUGCGGGUUGCACUAGAAGGCUUCAGUAUGACGGAGGAUAUACAGUGCUGGCUCGACAGCACUGUAGCCCUACACUGGCUGAACGAUGAUGGGGAGUACCGCCAAUUCGUGGCUAAUCGGGUAAAAAAGACCCAGAGCCACCCGAACACGCAGUGGAGAAAUGUACCGACACCCGAGAACCCUGCUGAUCUGGGGAGCAGAGGUGGCAGUGAGAAUGAAGCACAGCUAUGGUGGAAAAGUCCACCGCGGUUAUCCGACUGA